UUUCCCAGUAAUUGUCCAGACCCUCCGGUUGAGAAUGAAGCGGUAGAUGGACAUUCCCAGUAUUCCCACCGGAAACGACUCUCGGGGCAGUAGUUUCACUUUUCAAAUGACGUUCGUAGCCUGCUGGUUGUGAAAGAGCUGCUCUUCCUUAUUGCUGGCUGUUUUUUUUUUGUUUUUUUUUGUUGUUUUUUUUGUUUUUUUUAACACUUUUACCACAGCAUUGUCAGAGCGCGACAUAAAGAACAAAUAGACGGGACAGUUAGACUCAUUUAAUGGUUAUUGCCACAACUUUUGGAGUAAGUGUCGUUCAACAUGUGGGCACUUCUUCUGGGAUCAAUGAUGGUUUUAAUGGUUUCAGGUGAUACUCACGUGACUCACGUCUCAGCCACCUUAGGGGACACGGUCCUUCUGCCAUGCAACUGCUCAGGCGGAAGUCUGAAAGAGUUUAAGUGGCAAAAGGAAGACCCUGGCAAACUGAUAUACCAUGAUGGUUUCAAACCCAACUUUGAGGACAGAGCCAAAAUCUUUGUGGAUAAGGACAGUAGUGACUGCUCUCUUCAACUGACCAACAUCACAGCUGAUGACCAGGGAACAUAUAGAUGUGCAUUUCAUAUUCAGGAGCUAUAUAACCGUCGUUUCAUUGAGCUAAACAUUUCUGCAAACUACCACGUUUGUCAAAAAAAGCUGAACGGUGAUGCAAGUGAGGGGGUUUUCGAGUGUGAAGUAGAAGGACGCUACAGAGAAGCUAAGAUUCAGUGGUUUUUGGAGGGAAAGCUUCUUACAAAUUCCCCCACAGUUAUAAUCCACACACACCCUGUAGCCCCUGAUGCCAGUGGCAGCUACCGUUUCAAGAGCAAACUCAUCACUCCCUUCAGUUUGACUUCGGAGCCUAAAUGUGACGUGAAGACCGAAGGCAUAUCUCCUAAUGUUAGCGACUUCUGCGAAGUCAGAUCUGGUCACUUGAAAGAACACCCACCACAAUACUCCAUGUUGUGGUUUACAAUCAUCCCCGUCGUAUUGGUACUAUUCAUCCUGGUCCUCUGGUGCCGCCGUCAUCACAAUCAGCAGGAAAUGAAAUGUCAUGCCAGUUUCGCUCGUCUUGAUUUACAGUCAGUAAAUCUUCAAGGAGUGGAGAUUGACAACUGCUAGACAAACAAGGUGAAUUCCAUUUUAAAAAUUGUAAAAACACUAUAUAAAUAAAUGUGGUAUCAAACCUGUACAGAUACUUUACACGCUGUGUGGCACUGGCCAGUUAUGGUGUUUUCUAAACUAAACCCCCUCCCUCUUUUGAGGCUAACUCCACCUAAUGCUUGAUUUUGAAAAAUGCCAAGAAAUUGGCUGAGAGGAGGAGGGAGGGAGGAAGAGUGUGAAACUGUGCAAGAGGUUUGGUCUGAUAGUGAAAUCUUACACAGAGAGGUGUCAAUGUUUAACAUCCCCACCACUAACAAGGAACUCCAUGAGAUGAGUCACUCGAUCACUCACACCACGCUUCAAGCAGUGGUGAGAGAAAGGCUCAGGUGUUUACAACAGAGUGACUAAAGCUUGUACCAGUGAAGCAAGCAUGGGCUGAGAAAGCAAGUGGCAACAUUUUAAUGUUGCUGGUGUUCGACCAGAGAGGCAGAAGAUAUGCUGAUUUUUGUCACAACAUGUAUAACUUCACGACACCAAACUGUGAAGAUUUGCAGAUGAAUAUUUAGAUCACUUGACCAUUUGUAUCAUAUUAACUACACAAGUUUAUGAGACCUAUAUCUUAUCAACACGAUCAAGUAUUUCCUUUAAAACAUUUUCAUAAUAAAUAUCGUCUGUGGUCAAACAAUGCAUAAUCACAAAAAAUAUUAAUUAUAUAACAGUAAAACGUGUUAAAAAUGUGUGUAUCAAAUUAGAUUUCUCUGAUUUUGAUUUUCUCUUCUCUGAACAUUCAUUUCUGUAACGUAAUUUGCAUCAUGCCUUCAUGCCAAAAUUUGUUUCGAUUUCUAAAAUGAACUUUGUUGUCAGCAAAACGUUGCCAAAAAUGCCCAACGUAUCAAAUGAUAUGCAAAAAAUAUCUCAUCACAUUUUUGGGAUUUUGUUAUUAUAUGUAAAAAACUAAAUUUUGAUUUUUCGUGUCAGACAGCAGCAGUUAUUAUGUACAGGGUUAAGUCAUUAUACAGUCAACAAGAUAUUUUCCGAUUAAUAUAACAUAUAACAAGAGUUUCAGAUAUACAGCAGCAUUUAUUAUGUACUUAAUGUGAGACAUGGCCACCGUGAACAAAACCACCAUCUGUAAGAUCCAUUUUUUCAACUUCCGUAUGUCUUUUAUUAUGACUGAGCUAUAUCAUAAAACUGAGCCAUUAAAUAUGAUUACAUGUGCCCAUCAGGUGUUUUUAAAUCUUACAAAUGUAUGUUAUAUCCCUUGCCUAUUCCCACUUACAUAAUUGCGAUAUAUAUGUGCAAUGCAAGUGUUAAUGAAAUGGGAAUGAUACUCUCUACUGUUUAUUUUUGUAGAGGAUCACUGACAGGCCUCUUUGCUCAUACACCAGUGUGACAAAAACAAAAACACGAAAAACCCGCUUAAAGUGAAGCAAGCUGUUCAAAGGUGAAGCACAUUUUGACAAGUCACAGUCAAAAUGGCUGCUGUGCAAUAACAUGUGACUAUGUGAAUGUGGAGAUUGACCGAAUGCUAGCUUAAAAUAAUAAUAUCAGUCCUUUCAUAACCUUCAUAAUCCUUUUCCCCAACAUGUUUCGACUGGUUAUAGGAACGUACACGGGGAACGUUUGAAUAUUUUUUUUGAGUCAG